AUGAAAAUCGAUCGAAACAUCGUGCAUCAGCUGGACAACCGUGAGCGGGGCUAUCGAGCUCGAAAGAUUCGCAACACUUCGUUGACCUUAAUCACCUGCGAUGGCUCUAGUGAACAAUCGUUUCGACAGCUUGCCUUCGAGUUGGCGGAGCAAGUGCUGCUAGAACGCCUAAAAACAGAAGAUCUCUGCAAGCCCAUCGAUGAUUUGGCUAGUGAGACAGAAUCAGUCUUCAACAUCGAGCAGAGUCACAAUGGGUUACUCACUGCCACUGUGCAGACUAACAGGAGCGUUAACGUAUUUAGGACGUCAUCGAUGCAGAAAGUUGCGAAAUACCCCACCGGAGACAGGUCCGUAUGGACGCUUGCAUUCCACCCUUCGAACGAAAACGUCAUCGCAUUCGGGACGCUUGGAGGAUCGGUGUCGGUAUACGUUGACAACCGGCUUGUGGGCACGCUCGAAGAACCGGAUCCGAUCGGUUCGCUUUGCUUUCACCCGACGCAAAACUAUCUUCUGCUCACCAGCAUGAAUGAGGUCAUCUUUUGGGAUUGGGACAACGACAUUUCGUACACGACCGGCAUGUACAGCGACUGCAAGUGUCGUUUCCUACACGUGACACAAGAUUCCCGUUUAAUUACCGGAAUUACGCAAACACAAACGCACCUAUUGGAAGGUGUUGGGAAGAAUGUGGAACACGUAAAACCCGAAUAUCUUAUAGUAUCCUUCUUGCGUAGUGUUAGUUUAAUGUUAGACAAAUUAGACCUAACAUUAGCCACGCAGGCUGAUUAUCUGCUGCAGCUCGAGAUGAACAAGCAAUGCCUUAUUUGGAUACAUCUGCUGCAAACGAUUAAUCGAAAGCGAAAUGAAAUUCGCUGCAGUUCCACUCUCGGUCCCACUGAUAAGUGCACGAAAUCCAACCUUAACCUAACCCUGAUGUCGUUGAUCCGCAAGAUCGAUGCUCUGGAAGGUGCGUUGUGCAAUAGCUCGACGUAUGGACAAAACGAAACCAAUGAACGAUUAUGGUCUCCAAAUGCUGUUUUAUUUACGCAACCACUGGCUUACUUCAAAACUAUAUGCCAAAAAUAUAUAUGCCAAGGUCUCAACAGCUACAUACAGUAUAUAUUUGAUCUCAAUCUUGUACGUAAAAUGCUACGCAAGGUAUGUCGAAUGCUGUACAGACUCGCACCUUCCGAGCUGCCGCUCACGUGGGGUUACAUUUCGCAGUUCUACGGAAUGUCACACACGCCAGAGAAAAAUUGCAUCCUGCAAGCCUGGGAUCUAGAUUCCUUCAAUGGCAACGUGGACGAUCUACCCGAUUUUAAAGAAGACUGGAAAAAUGUGAUAACUGUCUGUCUGAUCAACAACGAUUCGAAUGUUGCCAUCUCGCAGUGCGAACAGUUCAUCGCUUCCGUACGAUUUCGAUCGACGAAAGAAAUGGAAAUAAGAAGCCUCCGACGGGAGAACUUCGGUGAAUCGAUCUUUGUGUUUCAGUUCACUGCCAACUUUGUAUCGCUUUCAUUCUCACCAUCGGGUCGAUACAUCGCCGUUGGAUUGCGGUGCCGCCGAAAUCUCAAGUACGCUUACAUCCUUGACAAAGAUACCCACAGGCGAACAGGGGGGGUUCGAUAUGGGUUGAUUAAUUCGAAUUCCGUCACUGAACCGGAAACAGUAUCACAGAGCGGAAUAAACCUGUCUCUGCCACGAGUCCCGGAACGCUACUUAGAGAUAAACUGCAUCAAAUGGGCUACAUUGCCCGGGUAUGGACUGUUGGUUGGAUUGAAGUCCAAAUUCAUUCAAGUCUGUCGGUAGUGGUGCAGUUUUGGAUGAUUCCAAGCUAAGUAAAACCUCAUGCAACAAAUCCUUUAAUGAAGCACUCUCAUAUGAUACUCAAAUCUGAUUAUUGAUCAGUUUUAGCAACAAUACACAAAGAAA